AACCCUGCAUGCAUGGGAGAGACCUUCAUCUGCUGAUUGCUGGAUCCCUGAGCUCUGGUUACCCCCCCUCUGCUGCCACAGAUCUCCCCCCCUUCUGCCGGACACCCUCUGACCUACACACAGCAACAGACCUCUGACCUGGAGGGUGUGCACAGCAGGAGCAGCACUCUAGGAGGAGGAAUAUAUAUUUGGUGAAAGAAAAUGCCGACUCAGAUCCAGUAUUACAACUCGUCCCCAUCAGUCACCGGCAUCCUACAGCCUCAGAACGCUGCCUCAAUCAGACCCCGAGAUGUCUCUGGUGCAGCGGUGCAACGUAUCCGACCCUCUACUGGGUUUCAGUUCAGAGAUGUGUCCCCACCACGUGGUAAGCCAGCGUGGAAUGAUUCCCGCAAGACGGAGGCCUGGCCAAAUUCCUUACGGAAAUACAAACUGAGUCUGAAUCAUAGACCUGUAGAGUCCGUGCUGAGUAAGAGAGCCCCAUUUGCAGCACGGACCAUGAGCGCCGACUCUGGCGGCUAUCGGUAUAAAAGCGGCCGCGUGGACACCCUUCCACUGUACAGCUCGAUGAACGACCCUCACCUGUACGACUAUUACGCCAAGAAGUUUGGGCUGCAGGUUGACACCCGUCCUCCUAUAGGGAAACGCUCAUCCAGCGCCCGAUUCAGCAGUUCAGGCCUCCAGUCUGGAUCUAUGCGGGGUAAGAACGUCCUGUACAAAGUGAUGGUGAAGACCGGGGAGAAGAAACAGUGUGGAACCAGCGCCAGGGUUUAUAUACAGAUGAAAGGAACCAAAGGGAAGCUGAACAAGACCCAGCUGAAUAAGAAAUCCGUCCCGGACAAAGAUGGAGAAUUUACUUUUGGCAAAGGAUCAAGUCACACGUUCAAAGUGUCCGGCCCUGACCUCGGGGACAUAAAGGACAUCACUCUGGAGCAUGACGGCCUGGAGCAGCGACACGCCUGGUAUGUGGAUGACGUCUUUGUUACCAACACAAACCGAGACAAGACAUGGCAUUUCCCGUGCCGGCGAUGGUUUUCUCUGUACCAUACCGAUUGCCAGCUAAGCCGAACGCUAACGCCUGAAAGUAAAAAUUCCCUUCAUCAGCUGGACGGCAAAGCAGAGGAUCAUACUGUGUACGAAGUGGUCACCAUCACCGGAGAUGUCCGAGGAGCCGGCACAGACGCCAAUGUCUUCAUCACCCUGUUUGGGGAGUUUGGGAUUACUCCCAAGAUUCAUCUCACCAGCAAGAGUAGAACGGCGUUUGAGAGGACGAAAACAGAUGUCUUUCGGGUAAAAACAAAUAAUGUCGGACCCAUCAAGAAAAUAAGGAUUGAGCAUGAUAACACAGGGAUGAACGCGGGCUGGUAUCUGGAUCGAGUGAUUGUGACUGACAUGAAUAGGCCUCACCUGCGGUUCUACUUCCCAUGUAACAACUGGCUGAGCAAAGAAGAUGGCGAUGGGCUCUACGUGAGGGAUUUGCUGGGAAGCCUCAACCCCAUGGAUGUGCCUAAGAUGAACAAAUACGUGGCGAGGGUGUUCACUGGCUCCGCCAACGGCAGUGGGACGGAUGCAGAUGUUUUUUUUAAUAUAUUUGGAGAAAAUGGAGAUACAGGGGAGAGGAGACUGGACAAUGAUAAAGACAACUUUGAGAAGGGAGCAGAAGACAAGUUCACUAUCGAUGCACCAAAUUUAGGGAAAAUUAGGAAAGUUACCAUCGGCCACAACAACAAGGGCGGCUCGGCCGGAUGGUUCCUGGAGAAGGUCAUCGUUGAAGAUAUUGGGAACAAGGCCAUCUACGAGUUCCCCUGCUCUCGUUGGUUCGCCAUCGAUGAAGAUGAUGGGAAAAUUCAGCGAGAUCUUCUGGUUGGGGGCAGCGAGGCCACAGGAAUUGUCUACAAUGUCUCCAUAAUGACCGGAGACAUCCGGGGUGCUGGGACCAAUUCCAAGGUCCAUGUCAUCCUCCAUGGCUCCAAGGGUCUGAAGAACAGUGGGAAGAUAUUUCUUGAAGGAGGAGAGUUUGAACGAGCGAGGAUCGACAUCUUCAACAUAGAGAUUGCGGCGCUGCUGAGCCCCCUCAGCAGAGUGACCGUUGGGCAUGACGGGCGAGGUGUCAGCUCCGGGUGGUACUGCGAGAAGGUGGUCGUCUACUGCCCGUUCACCGGUAUAGAGCAGACGUUCCCGUGCGGUAAAUGGCUGGAUGUGGAUGAAGGAGAUGGUUUAAUAGAGCGGGAACUCUAUGAAAUGGUUUCACUGCGCCAGAAAAGACAGAAAAAGCAUCCCUGGUCUCUCUGGAUAUGGACAAGUGACAUUAAAAAUGCCGGCACAGACGCCAACAUCCUGCUUCAGAUCUACGGAGAAAAGGGAAAAUCAGAUGAAAUGAAAUUGGAUAACAACUCAGACAAUUUUGAGACUGGACAGAUAGACAAGCUUAUGAUAGAACUUCCAGACCUGGGAAUAAUAUAUAAGCUGAGGGUAUGGCAUGAGAAGAGAAACGCAUUCAGUGGUUGGCAUUUAAACAAGGUGACCCUACUUAAAACACUGACUAAGGAGAAAUAUAACUUUAAAUGCGGGCGUUGGUUGGAUCUGAAUGAAGAUGACAAUGAGAUUGUGCGGGAACUGCCAGCCGAGGGCCCGCUGGUGGCUAAUGUGUUACCAGUGGUGAAGUAUCGAGUGACGGUUCACACGGGGAAUGUGAGUGGCAGUGGCACCGACGCCAACGUCUUCAUCUGCCUCUUCGGAGAGAUGGGCGACACAGGGGAGAGGUUCCUCAUCGACUGCAAGAACAACAUGAACAAGUUUGAGAAGGGCAAUGCUGAUGAGUUUAUCAUUGAAGCUGUGGAUCUGAAGCAAGUGAGGAGGGUCCGCAUCGGGCACGACGGGAAGGGAGGGGGCUGCGGCUGGUACCUGGACAAGGUGGUAGUGAGAGAAGAGGGGAAACCAGAAACCGAGGCGGUGGAGUUUCCUUGCAACAGGUGGUUUGAUAGGAAUGAGGACGACGGACACAUCAUUCGGGAGCUGGUUCCAAUCGGGGACUCGCAGAAUCUGAGAAGCAUCAGUUAUCACUUCCAGAUUAAGACCGGAGACGUGAGCGGCGCCAGCUCCGAUUCCAGGGUCUUUGUCAAGCUCUACGGCGAGAAGGGAGACACCAACAAACAGUUCCUGCUCGUCUCCGACAACGACCUGGCCGACAACUUCGAGAGAGGGCGGGUUGACAACUUCACCAUAAACACCAUAGAUAUUGGGAAGAUCAACAAACUCCUCAUUGGCCACGACAACGUGGGAAUUCGCGCUGGAUGGUUUCUAGCCAAUGUGGUGGUUCAGGUGCCGGCACACGGCAAGCAGUACAUGUUCCCGUGCAACCGCUGGCUGUGCAAGGAUGAGUGUGACGGCAAAGUGGAGGUGGAAGUGUACGCCAGCGAGGUCAUUGACAUUGAGAAGCUUAUUAAUUAUGAGGUUAAUGUAACGACCGGGAAUGUGCGUGGAGCAGGUACCAACGCCAAUGUCUUUAUGCAGCUUUACGGGGACCGUGGGAAGACGGAAGAGACCUUCCUGCGGAGCCGCUCAAAUGAUUUUGAGAGAGGAGCUGUCGACAUAUUUAAGAUAGAAGCAGCUGACGUUGGUAAACUUCUCAAGUUGAGGAUUGGUCACGACGGAAAAGGUUUUGGUGACGGUUGGUAUUUGGAAUCGGUCGAGAUCAAGCGGGUAGGGGUGCAGAUGCGGCCAGUGGCACCGCCCACGGACAAGAAGAAGAAGACGAACAAGAAGAAGAAGGCCACCAAGGAGGAGGAAGAGCUGCAGCCAAUGGAAGUGGUGGAGUCCUACAAGUUUGAGUGCAAGAGGUGGCUGGCGCGCGGAGAGGGUGACGGAGAGCUGGUGGUGGAACUUCUGCCCCUAGACGCAUCCGGGCUGGAAGAGAACACGUAUGAGGUGCAUGUGUUUACGGGCACUGUUUGGGGAGCGGGCACUGAUGCCAACGUCUUCAUCACCAUUUAUGGGGAGAUUGGGGACACCGGUGAACGCCAGCUCAAAAAGGCCAACAACCUGAAUAAAUUUGAGAAAGCGCAGGAGGAUGUAUUUACCAUAAGCGCCGUGGAUUUGGGAGAACUGAAAAAGCUGAGAAUCCGUCACGAUAACUCGGGGACGAACGCCGCUUGGUUCCUGGACCGCGUGGAGAUAGUAGAUGAGAAGGAUGAUACAAAAUACUUUUUCCCAUGCCAAAGAUGGCUGGCGGUGGAUGAAGACGAUGGGCAGAUUUCUCGCCAACUGGUACCGGUUAACGAAGCGUUUAUGAAGAAGGAAGAAGAUGGGGACGAGCAAUCGCUAGCAACGCUGGGCUUGGAACAGAAAGCCAAAUCAACAACAUACACGGUGCGAGUGAAGACCGGAGACAAGAAGAAUUCUGGGACAGAUGCCAAUGUAUUUAUAAUUCUGUACGGGGAGAAAGACGACACUGGCUUCAUGAACCUGAAAGCGUCGAAGACCAACAAGAACAAGUUUGAGCGGGGAAAGACGGAUGUGUUCACAGUGGAGGCUGUGGAUAUUGGGCCUCUGCAAAAGAUAAAGAUUGGGCAUGACAACAAAGGCAGCUCCGCCGGGUGGUUCCUUGACUGGGUGGAAGUCGAUGCCCCAUCUCUCGGAGAGCGCUUGAAGUUCCCCUGCGGGCGCUGGUUGGAUAAGAAAGAAGAUGACGGAACCAUUGAGAGAUACCUGUUCCCAUCAGAAUUACAGACUGAGCAGUAUACCCCAUUUGUGCCCUAUGAGAUCACGGUUUACACCAGUGACGUGUUUGGCGCUGGGACGGAUGCCGACGUCUUCAUCGUUCUGUAUGGGAGAGACGGCGUGUGCACUCAGCAGAAGUCGCUGUGUGUAAAUAAGCGGGAACGCAGGAUGUACUUUGAGAGAAAUUCCGUAGAUCAGUUCAUAGUUGAGCUGGAGGACAUCGGGGACAUUAUAGAGAAGAUCCGCAUUGGGCACAAUGACAAGGGCAUUAACGCCGGCUGGCACCUGGACAGAGCGGAGGUCCGCAGACUUCUACCCAACGGGAAGGGUUCCCAAACCGUCACAUUCCCGUGUGAGCGGUGGCUGGCGAAAUCCGAGGACGACGGGGAAACCGUUAGGGAACUGGUCCCCUCAGACAUCUUUACUGAGAAGCUCAUGAAGGAUGGGACUCUGAAGCAGGUUGAAAUGGAAGUGGAAGACCCUCUGGAAACUCACACGUACAGCGUCUCCGUAUUCACCGGUGACAUCUACGGUGCCGGAACUGAUGCCAACGUGUUCCUCACCAUCUACGGAGACCUUGGAGACACCGGCGAGAGGAAGCUCAGCAAGUCAGAGACCAAUUCCAACAAGUUUGAGAGAGGACAGGUGGACAAGUUUAACAUUGAAGCUGUGGACCUAGGCACCGUCUACAAGAUUAAGAUCCGUCACGAUAACACUUUGCUAAACGCUGACUGGUACCUGGAGCGGGUGGAGAUCCUGAACGAGGUGACCGAGGAGACUUACCUCUUUCUCUGUGAGCGCUGGCUCUCCACCAAGAAGGAAGACAAGCGAAUUGAGAGGAUUCUUUUUGAAAAGGAAUACGAUGGAGAGCGGACUAGUCUGGGCAGCUCAUCAAAAAGUUUUUGGGGUUCCUCGCUGAGUCUGAAGAGUCAGGAUAACAAUGCUAACGUGAAGGGCAAAAGCAGUGUUGAUGGAUCAGUACAUGAGGGGCAAUUGAUCCCUUAUCAUGUCACCAUCACCACGGGCCAGGAGCGGGACGGCGGCACCGAAAGCCGCGCUUACGUCAUCAUCAUGGGCCCACAGAAGAUAAAGACCAACCGACUAUGGUUGGACCUUCCCAAGGGGAAGAAAGGCUUUGCUCCUGGCUCCGUCGAGAAGUUCUCUGUGGUGGGACUGGACGUAGGAGAGAUUAAGAGGAUGGAGUUGGGCCACGAUGGGGCCACUCCAGAGAGCUGCUGGCUGGUGGAAGAAAUACAACUCAAUGUGCCUACAAAGGGGGUUAUGUACACUUUCGUGUGCAAAUGCUGGUUUGCCAAAGACCGAGGAGAUGGCCUCACCGCCCGGGUCUUCAAUAUGCUGGACGCAAGUGCCAUUACUAUCGGCCAUAAGAUUCUUUAUGAAGUCACGGUGGUCACCGGAGAUGUUCCCAAUGGCGGAACUGAUGCUAAUAUUUAUAUGACGUGUUACGGAGCCGGCGGGAGCGCGGAGGAAAUGCUUUUGCCAAAAUGUGGAGAUCGGUUUGAGAGAGGUCAGAGGGACACAUUUAUUAUGGAAAUCGCUGACAUCGCGCCACUCAAGAAGAUGAGAAUCUCCAUAGACGGGAAGGGAAGUCGUCCUGAAUGGUUUCUUGAAAAGAUUAUACUGAAAAACACAGUGACGGAGGAGGAGACGUCCUUUACCUAUGAAGACUGGCUGUCCAAGACCAAGGGCGAGAAGAGGACACUGUCCUGCGAGAUGCCUGCCGUGGAGGAUGACGAAGAAAUGGUGGAGACCACGACGUACACGAUACAAGUGAAGACCAGCGAUGCCACAGGUGCGGGCACCGAUGCCAACGUCUUCAUAAUAAUCUUUGGCGAGAACGGGGACACGGGCACCCUCGCCCUGAAACAGUCCAAUAACUCCAACAAAUUUGAGAGGAAUCAGAUGGACACUUUCCGCUUUCCAGAAAUCCUGAGCUUAGGGGACCUCUGCAAAGUGCGGGUCUGGCACGACAACUCAGGCAUCGGACCUGGGUGGCACCUGGAGUUCAUAGACGUGAAAGAUGAAAUCAUGAACAAGACAUUCCGCUUCCAGUGUGACCGCUGGCUGGCCAAGAACGCGGACGAUAAACAGAUCAUACGAGAGCUCGCCUGCGCCAACAACGACAUCUUGGACCUGAAAGAACGCACAUCCUAUGAGAUUGUGACAGUGACCAGUGACCGCGAUGAUGCGGAGACCAAGGACAAUAUCUGGAUCGUUCUGGAGGGCAAGAAAGGACGAUCUAAGGAGAUGAUGCUGGAAAACACUUCUAAGAAGAGGAGAUUUGCACAGAACGCAACCGAUGUAUUUAAGUUUUCAUCGAAGAACGUGGGUGAUAUCGCUGCCAUAUGUGUUGGCCAUUGUCCGAAGGAUGGAAGGAAGUUUUCACCCAAGCCAGAUUCAUACUGGCACGUGAAAGAGAUUACCAUUACAGAGAUGGAGCUCGGGAACCAAUACGUUUUCAACUGCAAUGCCAAGAUCCCGCUGCGCAACAAGCGAGACGAAUACAAAGUCUUCGAGUGUGCCAAAGCCAUUGAGAGUUUCGCCAGCCGCGCCCGCAGCCUGGUCCCGGUGAAGUACGAGGUCAUUGUGGUGACUGGCUUUGAAAAGGGGUCAGGAACAGAUGCCAGUGUUUUCCUCACCAUGUACGGGUCGAACGGAGACUCCGGCAAACAUGCCCUGAAGCAGAAGCUGCGGAACCUCUUUGAGCGCGGGAAAGCCAACCGCUUUUACAUCGAGACCUUAGACUUGGGCGAGAUGAAAAAGGUCCGCGUGGAACACGACAACAGCGGCCUCAACGCUGGCUGGCUGCUGGAGCGGGUGGAAGUCACCAAUUCCGCAACGGGCGUGACCACCAUAUUCCCGUGUGGAAAGUGGCUGGACAAGAAGAAGGGAGAUGGGGAGAUCUGUCGGGAUCUCUACCCGCGAUACUAAAGAACUUGCUUGGUGUAAACCAACACGAUUCAUUUGCAUCAUCUUGCCAAGUCUUCCAUGAACUUUGUUACCAAACUUAUUUUAUAUUGAUAUUUACAAUGUACUUUAUCAUUUUUUUACAUACAGACUUUGUACAAAGAUAAUGUGUAUAAAGGAUUCAUGUCGCAAUAUCCCGUCAUCGCUGCAUUAUACCAUCUGGCAGAACUUUCUGUAACAGAACGUCGUCUCCUCUUUGGUGACUUGGCUGAAGCAUCGUAUGACAGAAUGAAGCUUAACAGAGUACUAUAUAGUCAGUGAUACAUUGAUGUGAAGGUGGUGGUGUGUUUUCUCUACUCUUAUGUUCAUUUUUAGCCUUAAUAUCUAUUUUGUUACAUAACAUUAUUUUUGGAAAUAAAUAUUCUUGCUGCAACAAGAA